UAAUCAUACAUGUAAUUUAAUUAUAAUAUUGUAACUAUAAUUAUAAUAUUUUAAAUUAUUUGCAUAUUUUUUUUAUAAAACUGCAAUUAUUAAAUAUUUUAAUUCACAUUCACGGAUUGGAUAAGCACUUUGACAUUAGCCAAUCACGAAAGACAUCAGUGCAUCGAGAUAGUUCUGCGUGAGAAAAUCAACCGUAACCUAACUACAGUGAUCAUUGUAUUGUAAUUCUCACAAAUAAUGCUAGUUGUAAAAUUAAAUUGACAAUAACUUGUCAAUACAUUUUUUAGGCAUAUUUCUCUUACUACUUUCAUGGUUUUAUUUGUGUGAUUGAUUACGAGUUAUAAUACGAUUACAAUACAUUUUAUUUAACAAUCUUUUUUCCUGAGAUUUGCAUAAAUUUAUAAUUAUUGCAUUACACGCAAUAUGAAGUUAAGUACGGAUUUGUAUGAUAACUUAUAUCUAUAUGCUACACCAGAGAAAUUUUAUGUUGAGCCAGCAGGUAUUAAAGUAUUACUUGUAGUCGAUAGAGUAAGUCAACAAGUUUAUACUCAAGUUGGUACAGCCAGCCUAAUACCACCUACUGCUAGUCGUAGAAAAAUAUGGGGAAUAGUAGGAACUAUUCGUCUUUUAGCAUGUCGUUAUCUCAUAGUAAUUACAGACGCGCUAAUGAUUGGAACAAUAGCAGGUCAACAAAUUUAUAGAAUUGUUUCUACAGAUGUGAUACCAUAUUCGAGAUCGUCUUUACAUUUGAGUGAAAAACAAGUACAGAAUAAUGCCACAUAUUUAGAAAUGGUUAAAUCUGUUUUAAAUACACCUUACUUUUACUUUAGUUAUACAUACGACCUCAGUCAUACUACACAAAGGCUUCAUAAUACGACGCCUGAAUUUCUACAGAUGACACUUUAUGAUAGAGCAGACCCUCGGUUUGUGUGGAAUGCUUACCUUUUGCAAGAUUUAACGGCCAGGGUCGAAUUAUACAAAUUUUGCUUGCCUAUUAUACACGGAUUUAUAUCUUUAAACACUGUUGUUGUCAAUAGUAUUGCAUUCAAUUGGGGUAUUGUUUCAAGGCGCAGUAUACAUCGCGCAGGUACAAGACUUUUUUCACGUGGUAUAGACUCUAGUGGAAAUGUUUCUAAUUAUGUAGAAACAGAACAGUUAAUCGAAGUAAAUGGAUAUCGUAGUUCUUUUGUACAAACGCGAGGUUCCAUACCUUUGUUUUGGUACCAAGCCCCAAAUUUAAAAUAUAAACCUAAGCCCCAGCUAAGUGUUCACGAAGAUCAUCAAACUGCAUGUGUUAGGCAUUUUGAUUCUCAAAUUUUCCAUUAUGGAAAACAAAUCUUGGUAAACUUGAUCGACCAACGUGGGCCAGAAGCUAUAUUAGAAAAAUCAUAUCACGAUAUUGUUCAGAGAAUUAAUAAUCAAAACGUACGGUAUGAAGCUUUCGAUUUUCAUGCUGAAUGUAGAAGAAUGAGAUGGGAUCGAUUAAACAUUUUGAUGGACCGAUUAACUCACGAUCAAGAACAAAUGAGCUAUUUUCUUCUCACGAGAGACGGAUUACUGCUUUCUGUGCAAGAUGGUGUUUUCCGUACAAAUUGUAUCGAUUGCCUUGAUCGCACUAACGUUGUUCAAAGUAUGUUAGCGAAAAGAGUUUUGAACGAAGUAUUGACGAAGUUGGAAGUACUCCGGAAGAUCGAAGAUCAUCCUUCUUUUGAGAAUCUUUUUAAACAGGUAUGGGCUGAUAAUGCAGAUGUUAUAAGUAUACAGUAUUCUGGUACUGGUGCAUUAAAAACUGAUUUUACACGAACCGGCAAACGUACCAAAUUGGGUGCAUUUAGAGAUGGUAUAAAUUCAUUAACGAGAUACUAUAAGAAUAAUUUUGCCGAUGGUUAUCGACAGGAUUCACUGGAGCUAUUCUUAGGUCGCUAUAUCGUGCAAGAUGGCGAAUGUACUUUGAUUCAGUGUCCUUUGGAAUCUGAACGAAAUUGGCGAUACGCUACAUUCCCAUUAGUUUUGUUAGUUGCAUCAUCGAUGCUUGUUGCACAUAUAAUUCUUCCCUCUCGAUAUACUACAGAAGUUUUGCUUUAUAUGUUAUUUUGGGGUGCUAUGGUUGCAGGAACUUUUGCUACCAUUAUUCAUCAUGGAAAACAAUAUGUAGAUAAACCUAAAUUAACAUAGAAGGAAAAGUACAAUUCCUUUUUAAGGCAUACGUACUGUAAAAACUUAUAAUUAAUGAGGAAAGAUAAUUUCAAUCAAGAAAGGCUUUAACUUUUUAUUGUUAAGCCGUUAAAUUGUAGAAGUGCUUUAUUGUAUGAAAGUUAAAAGGGAAUAUUAACGUAUAUUCCUGCAUUCCGUAUAAUUUUUCUUUAUGAAUUGUAAAACGUUAUAGUACAUAUUUUCAUAAAUUUUAAGCUGUACAUAUACAUUACUCCAAAAAUUCUGAGGGGACAUUGAAAGCAUGUAUUCUAUACGAAGUAGACAAAUGUAUGGUGGAAUUGCUCUUCAUUCUUCUUGAACGAUUAUAGGGGUAGGUCUUCUGACAAUAUACAAUUUUCUAAGUAGACUGUAUAUUAUACUAUUUUUAAGAGAUAAUCGUUCUUUGGGAUUGGCUUUACAUCUUGAAAAAAAUUCAUCCAUAGUAUUAUAUAAGGCUAAGUGUUUAGUUUCUGGAAAUACUUGUGUAAACAAUGCACUGAUAAACGUUGUUAAGCCACAAACCGCGUUUGGUACCCACCAUCCAUAAAUAAUCUGUAAUUAUAAUGAAAUUAUAUUUAAAAUUAUUUCAAA